UGGCGUGCCGGAGGGGCUGCGGCACGCGAUGCUGGAGGCGGCCAAGCAGUUCUUUGACCUUGAGGAAGAGGACAAGGCGGAGCUCCGCGGCGAAACCGUCUUGGACCCCAUCCGAUACGGCACCAGCAGUUCCAUCCGAUACGGCACCAGCGUCAACCCCAAGGUGGAGGUCGACGUCCGGUAUUGGAGAGACUUCCUCAAGCUGGCCGUGCACCCGCAGUUCCAUUCUCCAGCGAAGCCACUCUGUUUCAGGUGGUUAAUUCCGAAGCCAUGUUUAUUUCGAUUAUGGCACUGAAAACGAUCCAAUUUGGCAAUUUUUUACUCUGUUUCAGCGAUGUAUUACGCGAUUACGCGACUUGCACGAGGAGAGUGGGCAUGGAGCUGCUCAAAGGCAUAUGGGAAAGCUUGGAGUUGGAAGAGAACGACAUGAACAGGGCCUUGAAGCUCGACUCAUGCUUCCAAGUCUUCAUUGCCAACUUGUACCCUCCCUGCCCACAGCCGGAGCUAGUCUUCGGCCUUCCUCCGCACUCCGACCACGGCCUGCUCACGCUCCUCCACCAGAACGGCGUCGACGGCCUCGACGUCGAGCACGGAGGCAAGUGGGUCUACGUCAAACCCCUCCCCGGCUCCUUCCUCGUGAACGCCGGCGAUCAUAUGCAGAUUGUUACCAAUGGGAGAUACAAGAGCGCGCUGCACCGAGCCAUGGCCAACGGCAAGAGCACGAGGGUGUCGGUGGCGAUGGUCGUGGGGCCUUCCCUGGACACGGUGGUGGAGCCGGUGGCAGCUCUGGUUAGCUCGGAGAGGCCGGUCAUGUACAGGGGAUGGAGCUACAAGCAAUUUCUGGAGUGCCAACAGGGGAAUCAGCUCAAAGAGAAGACUAUGUUGGAACUACUCCAACUUUAGCGAUCAUGAAGAUGUAAAUUGACUUGCAGUAGUAAUAAUGUUGAAGGGGUGCUCGUGCUGUUACUUGCAACCUAAAGAUAACGGUUUUAGUCGUGAU